AUGGUUCCGGCUCCAGCAGAAGUUAGAAGAAAGUUAGUCAUUGUAGGUGAUGGUGCUUGUGGUAAAACUUGUUUAUUAAUUGUAUUUUCAAAAGGUACUUUCCCAGAAGUUUAUGUUCCAACUGUUUUUGAAAAUUAUGUUGCUGAUGUUGAAGUUGAUGGUAAAAAAGUUGAAUUAGCAUUAUGGGAUACUGCUGGUCAAGAAGAUUAUGAUAGAUUAAGACCAUUAUCUUAUCCAGAUUCAAAUGUUAUUUUAAUUUGUUUUUCAGUUGAUUCACCAGAUUCUUUAGAUAAUGUUUUAGAAAAAUGGAUUGCUGAAGUUUUACAUUUUUGUCAAGGAGUUCCAAUUAUUUUAGUUGGUUGUAAAGCUGAUUUAAGAAAUGAUCCUCAAACUAUUAAUAAAUUAAGAGAAAAUCAACAAGAACCUGUUACUCAUGCUGAAGGUGAAAUUGUUUCUCAAAAAAUUGGUGCAUCUAAUUAUUUAGAAUGUUCAGCUAGAACUGGUCAAGGUGUUAAAGAAGUUUUUGAAGCUGCUACUAUUGCUUCAUUAAGAACUAAAGAAAAGAAAGAUGGUAAAAAGAGUAAAAAGUGUGUUGUUUUAUAA